GUGAAUUUCACGAGCAGCUAGAGACGAUGAGGGAAGAAAUCCGACACGAGGUGGCGGAACGGAUGGCCCACCUUCAACGGGAGAAUGACGUGCUUCGAUCCCAUGUGCAAUUAGUGGUGUCGAUAGCUUCAAACUCAAUGAUUCACCGGAUGAGCGACGCCAGGACUGCCGCCACGAGACUGGAUCUUGGUUUCACCCCGACGGCGACGGAUCCACCUGCAACAUCGACGGAUCCACCUGCAACAUCGACGGAUCUAGUUUCUCUCACACUAGGCCCGUCACCAACCGGAGAGCAAUAUUCAACAGUCAUUUCACAGGUUAUUCCUUACACUCCUCUCGUCCCUGAGACCACGCCGGUCCCCAACGUUCUGGCUUGUUAUUUCCCGGAGUCCCUUCAAGUCAGAUCGAGAGGAACGAGCCUAUAUUCGGCGAAUCAGAGCAUGCCUUCGACGGGUAUGACCUCUGCCUUGACAGAGCCCUCAAUUCCUCAUUAUAGAAGCAGGACCUGUGGAGAUCCUGAUCCGUCCAGCUUCAUGCAAGAUGCCAGAUGUAAUGAGCCUGACGUAUCAUUUCUAGAGUGUCAGACGCAGCGUUCUCCCAGACCCGUCACAUCAUCAGCAACCACAUUUCCGGAACGACGCCCUGAGAUAAUUUUCAUCCCGUCACUGACCCGACCUGAAAUCACACAGAUGGCCAGACUGACAAUCUCGAUGCUAGCACCAAUCCAACUAAGCAGGGCAGAUCAAAUGUCUAUGAUGAUGGAACAGAUGCGUCAAAUGCAAGACAAGAUCAACGGAUUGCCUAGAGUGCCCCUGUCCUUGGACAGAGCGUCAUGGACGUGUUAUGCAGAUUAAUUCCCCCUUUAGCAGACAGAUCACCGACGUGGAAAUACCUAGAAAGUUUGCUGGUCCAUCAAUAAAAACGUUUGACGGUACGUCUGAUCUGGGGGAACAUGUCGCCCAGUACAAACAACACAUGUUGGCUGUAUCACUUCGUCCAGACCAAAGGGAUCGGAGGCAUGCAUGUGCAGAAGAUUUGGACCGACACUUUCAGGACCGGCCCUUACCUGGUUCGUCAACUUGCCAAAUGAGGCGAUCAAUUCAUUUGCAGAGCUCGUCGACUUGUUUAACCAGCAAUUCGCAAGUAGUCGCGUUCUGGAGAAACAAACAAGUGAUCUAUACAAAGUUGCUCAGCGACGAGGCAAAUCAUUGAGGGACUAUCUUCAUCGUUUCAAUAAAGAAAAAGUGUUGAUUCCAAGGUGUGACAUACCAACAGUAGUGGAGGCAUUCCAAAGAGGUUUGCUUGACAAUUCAGAGCUGUAUCGCGAACUGACGAAAUACCCUUGUCGAUUCUUCGAAGAUGUCCAAGCAAAGGCGUUGGCUUUUAUCCGUCUGGAAGAAGACUUACGAUCCCGUCGCGGACAAUUUGAGUAUGACGGGGAGCACGGGAAAUCAGAAUCUCCUAUGAGGCAUGAUUAGAAGUCUGGAAAACCUUAUUCAAGACUUGAGGAACGAGUCGUCACACCAUGACGAGAUGGACUUGACAAGAUGGUUGAAAUCUUGGACGGGGGGCAUGUUGUCUGAUGGUAAAUAGGCUCUAAGGAGAUGCAAUACGGUACCAUUAAAGUUGUUUCAUUUUUGGUUUAUUACUUUCUUUUACAAUUUGGCAUCACUUUCGUGACGAGUCAUUUACGUGAUGAAUCAUUUCUGUGACGAAUCACUUCCGUGACGAAUCACUUCUGUGACGAGUCACUCCCAUGACGAAUCAUUUCUGUGACGAGUCACUCCCAUGACGAAUCACUUCUGUGACAAGUCACCUCCACGAUGAGUCAUUUACUCGACGAGCCUCUUCCGCAACGAGUCACUUCGGUGACAAGACGAUUGAAAUCGUCGGACAGGGGGCAUAUCGCCUGGUGAUGGGCAUGUUCUGAUUAUAGAUGCGUAGUAUUUGUGUAGUUUUGUAUGCAAAUACUUAAUUCAUUAUUUUUAUUUACAUAUGAACGAUCACUAACUUAAGCGUCGGAGGGCCGUUGGCUUAAGGCCAUUGACCGAUCCUAACAACGUUUGAAUACAGGAAAGUAAACGAGACGUCGACUUAAAGGACGUACCAUCAGCAGGUUACAAUAUCAAUCUGAAAGUAAAAGAGACGUCGAUUCAACUUGACAUGCUAGGUAUGAAAUAUAUACAAAUUUUUCCUAAACAUUGAUUAGCCACCUUUUACUGACUUAACCAUCGGAGGGUCGUUGGCCCAAAGCCAACGGCCAACCUGACGGUUUGUGACGAGUGCAGGGCAAUCUUGAAGCGUAAGUUCUGAAAACUAUUGAAACGACCUACAAAGGUUAAGAGACGUCAUUCAGGCUCACAUCAGCCAAGCAACCUACUUAAACAUCAAAAUGGGAAAGGUUGGGCUGCCCUUGAGAGCAUCAUGGAUUACAGUCCCAACAGAUCCCUACAUGUUUUGGCCAGAACUCACACACAUAUAUGACAAUACACGUACAACAAACACUACAUAACUACACAACAGAAGCGCAUGCUCCAACAUAAGGAGAUAAUACAAACGACAAACGUAACGUUAUUUAAAGUUUUUGCAGGAUAUGAACCAAGUUCACUCAACCCACUCGUCAUCUUCCACGGCAAGUGAUGUUCCCUUUGCCAGCUGAAAUGUCGACAUCAAUAUGAAAGAUGUUGCAAAUUUCUGUCAUCUAGUCGUCAAUGCAAUUUUGGAUAGGAGAAGAUAAAAUGCUAUCUUUCCGUCUUCGUUGUUUUAGUCAAAGAGACGGUUACAAUCAAAAACUACUUGCAAGGAAAGUGACAAGUUGACGGAAGCGCCUUAUUUGACAGGUUGACGAAAGCGUCUCGCCAGACAAGUGACAUGUUGAUAGAAGCGUCUCCUCAAAUAAAUGACGAGUUGACGGAAGGGUCCUGUCAUGCGAGUGACGGGUUGACGAUGUGUCGUGUCAAAUUGAUGAUGAGUCUAUAAGAGCAAUGAUCCAGGAUGACAAAUAUAUGUGUUUUCAAGAUUUCGAAAAGUUGAUGCUUAACGGUUGACAUGUGCACUUGUACGCCUCAACUUCUCGAAAGGGGGCAAUUGUUGGGCCCUAGAAAUAUCGGAAGCAGCCCGGUCCAAUCGUGGUGAGUAAUUAGAAAUGAAGCCCAAAGAAAGAGAGAAAGCCCAACCCAACAAAGCAUGGAUAAAGAAGACAAGUUUUGGUUCACACAAUUCUAGAAGCAUGCACAUAUGGAAAGCAACACAUACACGUAUGUUGACCAAGGCUGCAUAUAAGGGGAAUUAAAUAUAGCUGUAGGUCAUUAAUGGUGUAUAAUUUUAUUCCUUUCAUGAAUAUUCUUUCCAUGUGGCUUAAUUGGAAAGUAGCAUAUGGACAUGGUAUAAAUCUAUACAUCUUGUAAGAUUGAGAGGAGGAGGGGAGAGCUCUUACUACCCUUGUAAUCACAAUUCAAUAUUACAAUAAUAUUUGUAAUCCUAAUUCUUGAUUCUUAGAAAAUAUUCUUGUACGAAACCCCCAAAUCUUUAUUUUAAUUGUUUGAUUAGAUUAUCAAUUUCUUGCUUAAGGGGAAUUAAUGUACUCCCUCGACGGAUCCACCUGCAACAUCAACAUUGACCAAGGCUGCAUAUAAAGGGAAUUAAUGUACUCAUAUAACUGUAGGUCAUUAAUGGUGUAUAAUUUUAUUCCUUUCAUGAAUAUUCUUUCCAUGUGGCUUGAUUGGAAAGUAGCAUACGAACAUGGUAUAAAUUUAUACAUCUUGUGUAAGAUUGAGAGGAGAAGGGGAGAGCUCUUACUACCCUUGUAUUAACAAUUCAAUAUUACAAUAGUAUUCGUAAUCCUAAUUCUUGAUUCUUAGAGUAUAUUCUUGUACGAAACCCUCAAUCUUUAUUUUAAUUGUUUGAUUAGAUUAUCAAUUUCUUGCUUAAACAUGGAUCAUGUCUUUGUUGUCUACGUGUAAAUCAUACGUAGUAUUGGAGUACAGUUGGAAGUUGUAUUUCUUGGAAGUUGUACUUGCCACUAAAAACAUCAUUUCUUCGUUGAACAGGUUUUAUUUUUUUAUAAUAGUAGUAGUGCUCAAUUUUAUUUGUCCCCUUGUCACUAUUGAUUUUUUAGCAAAUGAAAUGUACUUUAAAUGUAACAUUUAUUGGCUUCUAAUUCAAUUUGUGGGGUGUAUCAACAACUAAGCACGAAGUAAAAUUAAAGUUUAAGUUUCACUUGAGUUGUAAAUGGCUUUACUCAAGUAAUCUAGACAGGGGAAAUUUGAAGUGGACUAUAAAGGAUGUAUUUUAUUAAGAAAAUACUUUCAACUUUUAAAUUGAAAAAGUUAGCAUCAGCGUUUACAAAUAGAUAUAUAUACUU